GGGUUCAUGCAGGCAGGCGAUAAGGUCCGUCCUUAUCGAACCAAAACCUUAAGGGCUGCAUUACAAAAUUUUGAGCUCGACGGCCUGAGUGACCUCAAAGUCAACCACAUAUCACAAGGAUAAUUUUUAUCGAGUCAUUCAAGCAAUACAUUCAAGAUGGGCAAGAAGAGAUCAAGAGAGGAAGCCCAGAAGGAGGUCGUCCAGAACGACUCCACAGUCGAUAAGAUGGAUGAGGAUAGUGACAGCUCAGACUCGGAUGAGGAUAUGGACAUCAUCAACGUCGACUUUGAGCUAUUCAACUACGACAAGGACAUCGACUUCCACGGCGUCAAGACGCUUCUCCGCCAGCUUUUUGAUGCCGACGCCCAGCUCUUCGACCUCUCCGGCCUCAGCGACAUGAUCAUCGAGCAGAACACCAUCGGCUCGACGUGCAAGGUGGACGACAAGGCCAACGACGCCUACGCCUUCCUGACCGUGCUCAACGCGUGGGAGCACCGUGAGAAGAAGCCCGUCGCGCAGCUGAUCGAGUACCUGUCCGACAAGGCCGUCAAGGCCGGUGACUCAAGCCUGGCCGUUCUGCCUGAGCUAUUGACUUCCGGCAAGGCCCAAGUGGGCAUCGUCCUGUCGGAGCGCCUCAUCAACAUGCCGGCCGAAGUCAUCCCGCCCAUGUGGAACAUGAUGAUCGAGGAGAUCGCGGACGCCGUCGACGACAAGGAGCCGUACGAGUUCACGCACUACCUGGUGGUGUCGCGCGGGUACGUCGAGGUCGCGUCGAGCCUGGACCAGGAGGAGCAGAAGCGCAAGCGGGCCCGCGGCGAGAAGGGUCUGCAGUACUUCCACCCGGAGGACGAGGAGAUGCGCAAGCAUGCUGUCGGUGCGGGAACCUACACUUUUACCAAGGAGGGCGACUCGGCCGACAGCAAGCGCGCGUUCCAGGAGCUCGGCGUCAAGUCACAGGGCUUCAUGAUGCUCAUCGAGGCGGGCAAGUUUAAGAAGGCUGUUAAGGCUAUUGGGGAUUACAUUGGCGCGGCGGCCAACUAAUUUACUGUAAUGAAUUACAAAAAAAAAGAUGGAAGCUCCGGGAAAGGGGGAAUAUGAACGGGAAACUUUAACGCAUCGUCAGUUCCUGCCUGCAUGCUUGUUUUUCUUCUAUCAACCGUCGCUUACUGGUGAGCUUUGAUGCCGAACGU